AUGAUGAGUGCUCAGUCAGCGACGUCACUAACCUUUGAGUAUGACCAACUCUUUGAUAAGUCGCCCUGGAACCAUGCAUCUUUGUAUCAUGAACACUUCUCGUGUCUGACAGACGACAUUGGAGACAGUGACUUGGAAACUUGCGAUCUGGAUGACGACUGCUACACUGAGAUCGAGAGCUUGGGUGAGGUUCUCAGAGGUUCAGGUUUUGGUUCAGGUUUUGGUUCAGGUAUUGGUUUGGGAAGUGGUUUAGGUGGUGGUUUAGGUGGUGAAUUAGGUGGUGAGUCAGGUUCUUCUUUGGCAAAUGGCAUUAGAGAAUUAGGUAUCAGAGACUCUGGAUCUAGAGAAUCUACAUUUGGGCUUUUUGGAAAGUCCUCCAUGAGGGAGUUUCGACUUAGAGAUUCGACUGGUGACGUUAACAACUUUUCCAUCAUGGACACCGCUUCCACCGGCUUCAAAGCCGGAAUGAGACCGUUUUCAAAUCCAGAUUGGCUCCAUGCUACAUGGGAUCUACAUACACCUAGCCGGGAAGGUCCCAUGCAAGAUGAGUCGGUGUCGUCCUCGUUGUCAAGGCGAUCCUCGGUCGAUCUCUCUCCCAUUGAAAUUGAUCUAUUGGACGAUCUGAGUCUAUAA